UGGCAGAUUUUAAUGGGUGCAGAUUGUUCAGGUCCCAAAGACAUGGAAAAAAAAGAGAGAGAAAGAAAAAGCCCUUUACUGCUGCUAUUGAUAACUUGUCUCGCUUCACGUGGUGGGUUCAAAACUAAAAAUACUCUCCUCCCAACGGUAGAGAAGCCAGGGCUGUCACGUUGCAGAGGAAACUGGAGAGUUGCAGUGGGGAGGGGUCAGCUGCAGCCACGUGAGGGCCAGGGCUAGGUCCCGCUCUGGCUGCCCAGGCUGCAUCCACACAGAAGAUUCCAUGGCUUUCCAUAAAAGAGAGUGGGAGAAUGUCCUCUCUGAAGGCCUGGGGAGAGGGGACAGCCUCAGCCGGGGCUCACCAGCCAGCAGCUCCCAGCCAGGCCAGCAAUGCCAAGGCACCCGGCGUUCCUGGAAGCCAAGCCCUGUUUGAUCUAAUGGGGCAGCUGUGGGUGCAGACCCAGAUAAAGAGAUAAACCCAGACCCAGAAACCGGGGGAAGAGAUCUUCAGUGUCUAUUGGAUUUUUCCAACAGAAAGUCCAUAAAGUUCCUUACACUGUAGAUGUGGGUCAGAUACGAUGGUUCAGUAGAAGACCGCACGUCAGGGGCACUGGAGGCCGGCUGCUGAAGGAUGAACGGAGAGGAAGAAUUCUUUGAUGCCGUCACAGGCUUUGAUUCUGAUAACUCUUCCGGGGAAUUUUCAGAGGCAAGUCAGAAGGUCACAGGAAUGAUUGACUUGGACACCAGCAAAAAUAACAGGAUUGGGAAAACUGGGGAGAGGCCCUCUCAAGAGAAUGGAAUUCAGAAGCACAGGACGUCACUGCCGGCCCCCAUGUUCAGCAGAAGCGACUUCAGCGUGUGGACCAUCUUGAAGAAGUGUGUCGGCCUGGAGCUGUCCAAGAUCACGAUGCCAAUCGCCUUCAACGAGCCUCUUAGCUUCCUGCAGCGGAUCACGGAGUACAUGGAGCAUGUGUACCUCAUCCACAGGGCCUCCUGCCAGCCCCAGCCCCUGGAGAGGAUGCAGUCUGUGGCUGCUUUUGCUGUUUCGGCCGUGGCUUCCCAGUGGGAGAGGACCGGCAAACCAUUUAAUCCACUCUUGGGAGAAACGUAUGAAUUAAUCAGGGAAGAUUUAGGGUUCAGAUUUAUAUCGGAACAGGUCAGUCACCACCCCCCCAUCAGUGCGUUCCACUCAGAAGGCCUCAACCACGACUUCCUGUUCCAUGGUUCCAUCUACCCCAAGCUCAAGUUCUGGGGCAAGAGCGUGGAGGCGGAGCCCCGAGGCACCAUCACGCUGGAGCUGCUCAAGCAUAAUGAAGCCUACACCUGGACCAACCCCACCUGCUGUGUGCACAACGUCAUCAUCGGGCAGCUGUGGAUAGAGCAGUAUGGGACAGUGGAGAUUCUAAACCACAGAACUGGACACAAGUGUGUGCUUCACUUUAAACCGUGUGGAUUAUUCGGAAAAGAACUUCACAGAGUGGAAGGACACAUUCAGGACAAAAACAAAAAGAAGCUCUUUGUGAUCUAUGGCAAGUGGACGGAAUGUUUGUGGGGCAUAGAUCCCGCUUCGUAUGAAUCCUUCAAGAAGCAGGAGAGGAGAGGUGACCACCUGAGGAAAGCCAAGCUGGAGGACGGCUCCAGGAAGGCUGAGAGCGACGUGGCUGACGACGUGCCUGGGGCCCAGGAGACCGUGCAGGUCAUCCCCGGCAGCAAGCUGCUCUGGAGGAUCAACACGCGGCCCCCCAACUCCGCCCAGAUGUAUAAUUUCACCAGUUUCACUGUGAGCCUCAACGAGCUGGAGACGGGCAUGGAGAAGACCCUGCCACCCACAGACUGCCGCCUGCGCCCCGACAUCCGCGGCAUGGAGAACGGCGACAUGGAUCUGGCCAGCCAAGAGAAGGAGCGGCUGGAGGAGAAGCAGAGAGAAGCGCGGAGGGAGCGGGCCAAGGGGGCGGCGGAGUGGCAGACCAGGUGAGCACGAUGGCUGCCACACAGGGCGGGGCAGCGGGGACACCACGCAGUGG